GAAUAAAAAACUAACAAUAAAUGAUACAGUGAUUGAAAUUUAACGUGAUUGCUCUAAUAAAAAUAAUUCACCUUGCAAUAAACGACACAGAGAUUCCAUAUCAACACUGAUAAUUCGUCUGCUUUGGUAUGAAAUAUUUACAUAAAGUUUUUUUUUUAAUAUUUACUUCAUAGAGUAAAAUACGGAAUAUCACGGAAUGUGCCGGAAUCCCUACAAGGAUAGAUCUAAUGGAUUAAUUUGUGAAAUCUUGUGAAGAUAUAAUUAUAUUUUGGAUUUUAACGCAUUCUGACACGCCGUUUAAUUGUGGACAAACACAAACCUUGCUCCAAGUAUGAGGUUUUAAACACCAUUCAAACUAUUGUAGUAAAAUCAGACGGAUUAACCUUGAGAAUAAUGGAAGAGUAGUCGAAGUACGCACGAAUUAAUAGAAGUGAUCGUUAUCUAAAUUGUAGAUUUUUUAACAAACACGGGUGAUACAGCCUUCAACCUUAUCAAGCCGUUUUUUUGUGUUUCGAAGGAUAUGAACCAGAAAAUACAUUGGUUAAACCUACAUCGCAAAUACCAAAAGAAGAUGAGAAAAAAGUGCUGGUUGUCUUUAAGGGAUAUCGAUGAUUUGAAGAAUAUUGUAAACGAUGUACAUAUGAAGGAAGUAAUGUAUAGGAUUUAAAUUUGUGAAAGCAGUAUGUCUUUAUCAUUUAUGAUGGAGACAUUACAAAGAAUUGUGUGAUGAGAAAUUUUGCAGUACAAUUCACAUUUGGAAAGGACAGACGAAAUAAAUCUCAGAGACAAAGUGACUGUAUGAAUUUCCUCGUUUAAGAAAAGAAGAAUUAUUUGGACUUGGGCACGAUGCAAAACACUACAAUUGAUAAAGCAGGGUUGCUUCAAGAACUGAACAAUGAAAAGGCCCUCCUUAUGACACCAGUGAUGGUUAUUCUUGGGAUUUUAAUGGUCAUUGGAAUAAUUGGAAAUGCAAUGGUAUGUUUCUUCUACAGCUGUAAAUCAAGACAAAGUUCUAACACCGUGUUUAUUGUAGCCGUUGCAGUUUACGAUCUUAUUCUGUGUGCUUUGUCAAUUCCUAUAGAAAUAGUUGAUCUCCGUUUCUUCUAUAUAUUUACAAACAGCGGCGCUUGUUGUUUUAUGAGAUUUGUGAAUUAUUUUGGAGGUAUCGGCAGUGUGUGUAUGCUUCUUGUGAUAGCUGGAGACCGAUACAGGAAGAUUUGCAUGCCGUUUAAAAAGCAACUGAAUGUUCGGGAAGCUAAAAUGGCGGGUGGAAUAUCUGUGAUCGUUUCAUUAGCGUUCUCCUGGCCAGCAUUCGUAUUUUAUAGAUCGGUUUCCGUUGAUGUAUUGACUAGCAACGGCGAAGUGUUAAAAGGCAGCGACUGUACCACUGUCAGGGCAGAUUCAUAUAAAGUGUAUUUGUGGAUUUUUAACGGCGUGUAUCUAGUUUGUUUCCUUAUUUCAUCAGCUGUGCUAUGUGUAAUGUACUGUCUAGUUGGCCGUGUUUUAUUUAAGCAUAAUAAAUCUAGAAAACGUUUCAGUUCCCAGCCGACUUCAUCAACUUCGAAUUCAAGCGGAACGGAUGCUAAUCUUAUGGAAAUUGGAAAUGAAUCCUCGAAAUCUACGGACAAAAACAAAUAUAUCGUAAAUGAUACAACAGAAUCAAAAGAAGAUGCGACAAAGAGAAUAAGUGUAUUCAGUGAUGUGUCACAUAAAGGAUCAAAUUCAAAUGAGAAAUCUCAGAACCAAUUAGAUUUAAAGACGGUUAAGUAUACCACAAUGAUGUUGGUGAUAACACUUGUGUUUAUUAUCAGCUUUCUACCACAUCUAAUACUUUCUUUGUGGAGAGCAUUUCAGAAUAAGUAUGAAGGAGAAACACUUACUGACGCUCAACUUGUUGCAUUCCAAUUAGGAUUGCGAUCCUAUUUUUUGAACUCCGCCAUCAACCCUUUUACAUACGGAUUUUUUAAUCCAAAGUUCCGCAAGUUUUUCUUCAUCACGUUUCUCCCAUGCUGCCGAAAACCGUCAGAAGGAAGCACAAUUUCCUCAAGCUCCGGUGCUACUUAGUGUAUUAGCAUCGUUCGCAUUUUGAAGGAAAGCCACUGUUAACCAUCUGAAAAAGCCUACUGAGAAAUACUGAUAUUACAUUUUAACUAAAUUUGAAAAUGAAAAACAAAAUAUUCUUAAUCCUCUGUUCUUUGGAACAUUUUACUUGUUGCAAAAAUGCAAAAUUGUUUAAGAUGGAGAUGUCACUUUGAUAAUGCUGUCGUAAAGACAAAUAGUAUUCAAGGAACCAUUUUAUUUUUAUAAAAUUUUAGCGACAAAGAUGUUUUUCUUUUAUAUCAUUCAAUGCAAAAGUAUUAUUUCAUUUUCACAAAUAAACAAAGUGCCAACCUGCAUUGAAAUGUAAAUAUAUGUAUGCGUGUCUCUGUGCGAGUGUACAUGAUUAUAAGCCUAUAUGGGUUUAAGUGAUACUUAUAGUGAUGUAAAAAGUCAUUUAGGUGCAUUCGACGAUCGGUAGGCCUGUAAUAUGAACUUCUUAUCUACAUUUGAUAACAUAUUAAUACUGUUUAUUAUCAUUACUGAUUAUUAUCAUUACUGAUUAUUAUCAUUACUGAUUAUUAUCAUACCAUCUAACGUUAAAGCUACUAUUUCACAGAUUUGAUUUAUUUUGAUUUUGCUUUCACAAACUUUGUGUUUUAUUAUAAAGUCAUGCCAACAACAUCAAAAUCACUCUUUCAGUACUUGCAUAGAUAUUUUAAAGACGUUUUCGGGAGUUUUCAUAAAGACAAAUAGACAAAGUUCAAAUGUUCAAUAGAAUUUCUUAAAAAUUUGCCUUUUGUAAGAACACCUUCAUUAA